CAAAUAUCUCUGAAGUAACAAGUCUCUUAAGAGCAUGCGUACAACACCCUGCCAUGGUAGUCUGCAAUAUCAACGACACUGGGGUUACCAGUCAGGAACCAACUACACCAAGUACCGGCACGGAUGUUUUAUUCGACAGCGCUAUCAGGAGUAACUUGACCUCACUGGGCGUGGCCAACUGUUCACUGAGCGACGACAUCAUCGCAGCCUUGGCCAAUCAGCUGCCUGGAUCACUACCAAACCUGUCUGAACUGGAUCUGACCGGAAACGGUGCAGUGACAGCAGACGCACUUCCUUUCCUUAUGUCGCUCAUUGGAGCAAGUGAUCAUGCAAGUGGAUUACAGACCCUUCGCCUAGGAUCCCUCAGCACCAACAGUCUCCCGUCCAUUAUACAAGGCUCCACAGUGACCUGGGGUAACCUCAAAAGCCUUGACCUCCGCCGGGUCAAGAUGACCCCAGUGGAGGUGGGAAGCUUGGGGGCACUGUGCACUAGACCGUCGGGUCUUGCCGAUCUGUGCCUCGAUGGAUUGAAGUUGUCCAAGUCAGAUGCUUUGGAGAAACUUCUGGGCUCAGGCUCAUCACGCAGUAUAGAGUCACUGUCAUUGGCUGGCUGUGCACUACAAGACUCAGACCUUGCACCAAUCACAGCUGCUGUUACAGAGGGCUUGGCCAUUCGGUCCCUCAAGCUGCCGGCCAAUAGAAUCACGGAUACUGGAGCAGGUAGCCUGAUGGAGGCCUUUGCAGCGAGAGGCACUGAGUGUCCUCUGGCAGAGUUGAAUUUAGCCAAUAAUCAGAUCCGUGACGGCUGCACAGAAACUGUGUCCAAGUUGAUCAGCACGGCACCCAGACUUCACUCACUGCUCUUGGGACACAACGCCUUCAGCGGGACCAGUCUCAAGACAAUACUGGCCUCCCUGUGCACCAUGGAUUGUACAAGCCUCAGAGUUCUUGAUCUGUGCAGUCAGGACUCCCAGGUGGAUGAAAGCGAAAUGGAGGAAUUACUCAGCUUGGUAGCUGAAAAAUUGGGCUACAGGAUGGAUGAGGCUGAGGGUGUCAAACGGUGUGGUACAAGCCCCCUACCCUGCCACCCCCAGGGGCUGACAAUCAACCUGACAGGGCUGGGGGGCUCUGGGGAGACAGGCCAAGCCCUGGACAGUCUGGCGGUCAAGACAGACUACGUGAGGGUACAGCGACCAUGGCUGGCACUGCAGCAUUCACUGGAGAUUUCUGAUUGGCUGAGAGGGUCGCUUUCAUCAGAAUGUAACAACUCGGAUUGUGGCCAGUGCAGCUUGACGUCAGUUGAGUGGUGUCAGGUUCUAGGCUUACCAAAGGACCCCUCGCUACCCUCAUGGCUUCAGGUGUCGGAGCAUCGCUCCAGAGCCGUGUACUUGACUGGACUAUCAGGGGGCGUGUCAGCCGGCAAGCUGGAGGGUGAUCUGGAGUCAGAGGCUGACUGUCUUGUCAAGGAAAUCUGCAUCAUGAAGGAUUUCAUUGUGAGGCAGCCUAACGGGAUAGCCUGGGUGUUGAUGGCUGAUGACUCCUCAGUUCAGAAGGCUCUGGAGUUCUUCCACGAAGGAAAAGCUCUUAUGUUCAGCCAACCCUACGUGAUAUCCCAGGUCAAGCUGUCCGUCAUAGCUAGUGAUUCAGAGGGAGAAGAUCUUACAAAAGCAAGAGUUGAUCUGGAGGCAAGGGCUCAAGAAGCGGCAAGGGAAAAUGCAGAGCACCGUGCCCUGUUAGCAUCAAGCUACCAAGCUUCUCAAGAGAGACAUGAGUACGCCAAGGCCAACCCAGCCUAUGCUGAUGGACGGAUCUGGUGAUUGAGAGUUAGAGAUUCAGCUAGGAGACAGAGCGAACCACUCAGUCACACCCUGUCAGUAUCCAGCUAACUCGCCUCUCGAGAAAGACAAGAGUAUGCCAAAGCCAACCUGGACUAUGCUGAUGGAAGGAUCUGGUGGUUGAGAGUUAGAGAUUGGGCUAGGAGACAGAGCAAACCACACCCUGUUAGCAUCCAGCUUACACGCCUCUCGAGAAAGACAAGAGUAUGCCAAAGCCAACCUGGACUAUGCUGAUGGAAGGAUCUGGUGGUUGAGAGUUAGAGAUUGGGCUAGGAGACAGAGCAAACCACACCCUGUUAGCAUCCAGCUUACACGCCUCUCGAGAAAGACAAGAGUAUGCCAAAGCCAACCUGGACUAUGCUGAUGGAAGGAUCUGGUGAUUGAGAGUUAGAGAAUGAGCUGGAAGACAGAGCAAACCACACCCUCUCAAGAAAGAGGCGUGUUUUGUGUUUGAGUGUGAUUGUAAGCUGUUCUGAUAAAUUGUUGUGGAUUUGUUCUUGUCUUUUAAACUGUUUUUAACACACGGGGUGUUGAUGUUCAUGUUUUUAAUCAUGAUGGUUAAUAAUAAAUUGAAUAAAUUGAAUUGAAAUUGAAUUGAAGACAUGAGUAUACCAAGGCCAACCCAGCCUCUGGUGUUGGAAGGAUCUGGUGAUUGAGAUUUAGAGAUUUAGCUAGGAGAUGGAGACAACCACACCCUGUUAGCAUCCAGCUACCAAGCCUCUCAAGAGAGGGAAAGGAGGAUGCUGCAAGUCCCACCCUACCGUAGACAAAGACAGCCACACCCUGAAGUUACCUGAAGUUUAGACAUGCCGUCCCAUUGGACAUGUGCUGAUGAAAGGAUCUGAUUUUGAGAUUCAGAGAUGCUGUUUGUAGACAUGCAGAGAGCCACAACUUUUUAGCAUUCCAGGAAAGAAGAUUUCUAGAUUUCUAGAACACGCAGUUUUGAAAUCGGUAUCGUUUUGGAAGAUGAGAAAUGUUUCCUUUUAUAUACAUGUUCAGUGUAUUAUAUUUGAAGUGGGUUUGAUAUUUUGUGCAAUGCUAUGCAAGAUUUUAGGUUUGGAGGUAUACAGAUCCCAGUUUUCCAUUGACCAAACCUAAGUCCAGCUAUGAUAUGUUGGGAAAUUAAAUAUUACAUUUAAACCAACUAAUGGAUGUUUAAACAUGGACUAAAGAUUUGCUUGCCUUUUUUUAGAUUAAAGGUUUGGUGUUUUCAAACAAUUUUAUAGAUCUAUGCAUAGUUUGACAAAUGCUUGUUAUCCGUCCAAACGAAUGUUAGUCAGUGAAAUAUUUCCCCAAAAUUCCAUUUUUGUAACAGUAAAUUUGAUAUAUACAUGUAUAUCGGAUUUUAUUUUAGUUCAAUUGCAGUUUCAGAGAGUUCCAUAUUAAAUUUUAUUAUUUAAGGUAA